AAAGUCCGAUGCCUGCGUCCAACGCAGAUUUCCCACUCUACAAUACUACGAAAGCCACAUUCCCAAUGCGAGGAUUACCUCCAUAAAGACCCCUCUUUGCACGAUGCAAAGCUGUAAAAAAAUGAAUAUAAAAGGAGAGAAUCCCCCUACGAUCACGCAAAUGAUACCGCCUACAAGCGAUGCCUUUCUUCUCAGUCUCCACUCUUCCUCCUGAUGCCUUUAUAUAUGCCGAUCGAUCGGAGCUCAAUUUGCUUAAGAAUUAGCACAUCUAAAUCGUCAGAGAUGGCCAUCACGCAUGAUGAUCUUUCCAUCAGGAACUUCCGCACGGCUGACGUUAGUAGCAAGCUUGCUGCCUUCCUUGUAGGCUUGUCGGUGCUCUGCGGCCUCGUUGGUUUCAUUCUCUGCCUCGCCGGCGAGGCCACCAGAUCCGAGGCAACAUGGAUGAUCCUGACCAUCCAGGACAGUGGCAAAGGAUACAGGUGCUCCUUCAGCGGCAGCGGGAAAUCUCCACUCGCAUUCGCCUUGGCCGCAUUCCUUCUCUUUGCACUGGCCAUGAUCGCCGAGCACGCUUACCUGCUUGUCGCCAUUACCAGCCCCUUGUCAUCAGUAGCCAUUGCAUUGCCAUCAACUGGCGACCCGACAGCGUCGUCGCCGGCAGCUAAGGCCCAGAAAUGGCAAUCCUGCGUCCUCUUCCUCACAAUUUGGGUAUGCUUCGCCAUUGCUGAAGUGCUUCUGAUGAUAGCUAUAGGUGUUGAGUCUGGCCAUCUGUACAACUGGACGCAGCCGAGGCUAACAUGUCCAGUUAUUCGGCCGGGACUCUUUGCAGUGGCCGGAGUUUUUGGCUUGAUUACCGUCUUCCUUGGAGUGGCGCUAUAUCUGACUGCUCUGAGAACGCAAAGACUGCAUCUGGAAGAGAUCAUGAACCGCCAGAAUCAUCUUGGCCUCACUGCGCCACCACCUCAGGGGCCACCGGCCAUUAGAACUUACCAGAGUCAGGCCCCAAGUGAAGCUUCAUCUCUGAAUAAAACCUCAACUUUACCAUUUAGAGCGUGAGGACUUUUGCACAGAAUAAGGCUUAGUGUGGGCCGGCUUUAUUGUUUGCUUCUUAAAGCUGUUUUUUUCUCACAAAAAAAUUGAAAUUUUUAUACUAUAAAGCUGCUUUAAGAAGCAACAAGAAAGUUGUCCCAAACAAAUUCUAAGUGUGCUGUGUUAUGAAGUUAGUGAACAACAGGUUUUUCAUGUAAAAUAUCAUUAUGAAACUAGUUAUGUUCAAUAAAUCAAAAUACAUAAGCUUUGUCACUGAUUAGUGAUUCAACAAACCAUCACACUUUCUGAUA